ACCGGUUUUGACGAUGCCAUUUGAAAGAGCAAGAUCCCACUAGCCAUUAGUUUUGCUGAUUGACUCGCUGAUGUACCUUGUCGUUGAGGAUUGCUUCGCUAGGUCGCUUGGCCUUGGUCUCUGAUGACAUGCUUGCGUGAGGAGUGCGUCGCCUUGAUGGAUGUUCUUGGAUUUUGAGUCUCUGGCAACUUCUCGGCCUAAACACCGUGACACCAAAUCCAAGUGUACAACCAAAGCUCAGCAAGAUGCAGCCUUGACCAUCGAUGCAUGGCGCCUUGUCCAUCUACGUCCACUACCCAUACUGCUCUCGCAUCUGCUCCUUCUGCAACUUCAACAAGUAUCUGCUCCCAAGCAGUACCAGCCAAGAUGCGCUCUUUGGCCACUACCAAAAAGAGCUCAAAUACGGCUUGAAUCGCUAUGCUGCUUCGAAUAGCUCGCGGAAAAUACGCUCAGUCUACUUUGGUGGAGGCACACCAUCUCUUGCUCCUGGAAUUGUUCCUGCUGUGCUUCAAACCAUUCUUGAGUGUGGUUAUUCCCUCGAUGCAGACUGCGAAGUCACGCUGGAAGCCAAUCCAUCCUCCUUGCCUAACUUACAACGGCUCUCUGAUGAUGGUGUCACUCGUAUGAGUCUCGGCGUUCAGUCCUUGUCGAGCUCAAAACACCUCGCCUUCUUCAGGCGAGAGCAUACCGUCAGUCAAGCCAUCUCGGCAUUAGAGCGUCUGGCUAAAGCUCGAAGCCUUUUCAAACACGGCUUCACCUUUGACCUUCUAUUUGGCAACCCAAUCCUGCCAGGUGGGGUACAGACAUCGCUACAGGAUGACUUGGCCCUCGCUAUACCCUUUGCCAAGAUUGGCGGCCAUUUGUCAUUGUACGAGUUGAUUGUUGAAGGAGGCACACCACUCGCACGUCAGAUUCAAAAGGAUCCAUCCAAUUGCAUCAUGCCCGAUCAAGAUUUGCGUGCAGAGGAAUAUGAACAAGCAGCUAAGGUCUUUCGACAGCAUGACUGGCUCCACUAUGAGGUCUCUUCGUUUGCAGCGUCAAAACAACAUAUUGGCCGUCAUAAUUUUGCCUUUUGGAUGGGUGCGCCUCUCCUUGGCAUCGGUCCUGGUGCACAUGGCCGACUUCCUCUUAAGCGAGACGAUGAGCUGGUGCAAGUACGCACGCGUAAUGUUCCAGAUCCAAAACGAUGGGCGGAGCAAAUCAAUACACUGCAACAUGGUUGCGCAAAAGAAGAUACACUGACGUCUGGUGAAUUUGCCGAAGAGCUGAUUGUGCUUGGCUUGCGCACAUCCGCCGGCGUCUCUGCAUCACGUUUCAAAGCGCUGCUUGCCGAGGGAGGUCAGAUCACCAACUUGUCGGAGCAUCUCGAUGUUGACGAGGUUUCGCAAUUGGUUGAGCAUGGAUUGCUUGUGUACAACGAGACCUCUGCUAUUCUCGCCGAUACGCCAGAUGAGUGGCAAUCCGCCUAUGAUCAUGGAUCAUUGAGGACAACUCAUCGUGGCCGGUUUGUGCUUGACACAAUGUUGCCACGUCUGUUGAAGUCCUGAGAGCCCACCCUAUCCAGUCAGUUUCAUACUUAUACUCAAAG